CCCUUUUCCCUACAAGUUUCGCAUAUUAAGUACGAGGACGACCCAACGGACGCCUCAGAUAUGCCUGGAGGGAACUGGCGUCCACCAUUGCGCAGCACCUGCUUCAAGGUCCAGUCCACGACCGGCAAGUAUAUCUGGGACCCCGGCCGAAAUUCUGAUGCCCCGCGCAUGUAUCGCUUACGUCGACCGAGCGCAGCUGAGGAAUCACGACUCCAGGUAUAUAGCACUGGAACAAUGUUCUGGGACCCCUACACCCACAAUUACCUACACAUUCCUCUGGACUGCACGAAGAAAAACGUCACAGAUUCAGGACACUCCUGGACAUACCCUGGCUUUGGAAUCUGUCAGUCGGCUGGGCAAAAUGAUAUUGCAAUAAUCAGACAUGUCGGAGAGCACAAGCAGCUCCCUUUGCCAGGUCCCAAUUCGUGGUUUAAAAAUGAAAGGUUGCUCCCAAUCACUUUCCAGCCACCACCAGCGCAGGGUCUCUGCAGACUUGCAGGAGAGCUUGACAUCUUGAUUGCCUUGAUCGCGUUCUCCACAACGCCGCAGUGCACUCUACAAGCAAUCGAUCGGUUAUUUAGGCCGGAUCCGAGGACGACGGGAUUCAACCCAAAUUGGGAUCUCCCUCUUGACGACAGACGUCAGCGCAAAGGCCUCCUUGUCGAGAUAGGAUACGACCCCACAACGACCAAACGAUCGACUCUAGCUGCAUGGGAACGUGGUCAACAUGGUGAGAUUUUUAGCUGA